AUACAGCCGACAUUGGCGCGCUAUUUUGAACCAAAGAUGGAGUUGGCUCGCGCUUUGCAGUUAUUGAAAUUAAACAGUGUGCCAACCGACUGGGUGGAUGCGGUGUGGGAUUUCGAGUUCACCCACACAGACCCCCUUGAUCCUGUUAUUGAGGAGGAGAUAAAGGAAUACCCUGAUGUUUUCAAGACAGUUUACUUGCAGCUGCUGCCCUUUUCCACUGAUGAUGACGACAACACACAGAGUGUCUGGGUGGUGUUUGGUGAGAAUGGUCUCUCUACAAAAGCUUUGGUGGCUGUCUUGUCGUAUUUCAUCCUCGGUGCAAAAACCAAAAGCCCCAGUCUUGAGCAAAGACUGUGUGGUCUACAGGCAGCCUCCCUAUAUUUGCUGCUGCUGAAAAUACCAGGAAGUGUUGCGAAUAAAGUGUACCAUCAGAUCCUUUUUGAUACCUGUCUGAACAUGCCCCUGAAAUGCUGGCCUCAGGACUCUGGCAAGAAGCGCAAGAAAGAUUCUCUGAAAAGCUCCCAAGGUGACAAUAAAAGUGGGAAACGAUCCAAACCCCCAAAGAAAGUGUCUGAUGAGAUGGAGAUUGAUGACGAUGAAGAUGACGAAGUGGAGGGGAUGUACUUUUCAGCACAGGAUUUGCUGAAAAUCAGGGAGGGCAUUGUUAUGCUGGUUCGCACACUCCUGAGACUUUUAGAGAGAUUUUCGCUUCGAGACAAACCUCAGAGUACUGACAGCUGUGUUCAGCUGUUCACUGAGCUUACAAAGUUUGAACCAGUCGUGGGAGAUAUGUCAUUUUCUCAGGAAAGGAAUGUCGACCAAUUACAGUGCCUGCCUGAGCUGGCCUAUCGUGGACUGGGAAUACUCUGCUCGGCCAUUCAUGGUGAAGGAGAGGAGUGUCGUCGUAGAGUGUUCCGCAAGCUAUUGUAUGUGAUUCUAAUGAUGAAAAUGCAAGACCGAUCCAAGCCGUGUCUUCUUGUUCCGUCUCAAGCUGUCUGUAGUGCCAGAGACCAGUCUAUUCUUUUUAUUUGCCAUAUUGUUGAUGAACAGAAGGAGACCACAUUGCCGCUUUUACGAAUCCUUGUGCAACAUAUCUGCCAUCAGAUGGUGGAGAAGUCUGAAUAUCGAACCAGUGGAGCACAGGCUAUUGGGAAGCUAAUGGCUAAGAUGCCUUGUCAGGACUAUGCAGUCCUCGUUAAGUGGCUCUAUAACUACUCUCGAAACAACAAGGUGGCGUUCAGAAUGUUUGCACUGGAUGUAGCCAUGGUCCUCCUGGAGCAGAGUGAGAGGGACAUGGAGGACACAAUGGACCCUGAGUUGGCUGUGUUCCUGUCUCACAGGUUCCUGGUGCACAACAUAGUUUACAGUCAUCGUAACGAUGUCUCCCCCACAGUCAGAGGCCAUGCACUACACUGCCUGGCACAGUGUCUGGAGCUGCGUUCCCAGAAUGCCACAAAAUGUGUCCAUGAGCUCUUCUCCAACACAGGUGCACAGACUAUGCUUGAGACGGGCAAUUCUGAGCAAACUCUGAAGAGAGGAGAGACUGGUCAGAAAACCGCCCUGACCUUCAGAACUAUCGAGCUCACAAAACACAAGAGCAUCACCGCAACCCGAAGGAGUGACAUCAACACGUCCUUACAGAAUGAGGAAACCAUGGCUUUAUUUAAAAAGCAUGUCAGUGACCCUAAAACCAAUGCCAGGAAAAGUGCACUGGAGACCGUCAUGAGUCUGCUGAAGCAUGGGGUGAUCUCAUGCAGUGUGGAGAAUCUGAAUAUUCUGUCAGAUCGCUGCAGGGAUCCUGCUGUCUCGGUGAAGAAGAAAGCCAUUCAGUGCCUUAUGGACCUCCUUGCUGCUCUGUCUGACAAUAGGGAGGUGCAGGAGGCCUGGCUGAGAGGAGUGCUGCCAGCUGUCAUGGACUCUGAGAGCUCUGUGCAGGAGAAAGCUCUAGAGUGCCUGGACCAUGUCAUCCUCGCACACAUUAAGAGUCAAGGCAAAUAUCGGCCUGAUGACACCUCUCAGAGGCUAGCCUGGGACUUGCUGGGACUGAUGUGUGAAAAGUGUCAAGACCUCAGUCGAUAUUUCAGCAAGGCUUUCAGCGUGUGGGCUCCUCAGCAGAAGUUCACUCCUGCAUUUGUGAACAGUUUGCUGUCUCAUACGGAGGGAGAAAGGGCGGCUGCCGCCUGGCUUCUGUUAGCUAAAAUUGCAAGCUGCUCUCCCAAACUGAACUACGGGACCGUGCUAGAGACCUGGGAGCACACUGUCAGGUCACCAAUUGUUUCAGAGACAAUGACCUGUCAUAUUUUGAGCGUUAUGGGUGACAUUUCCUCUAAUCUAAAUGACGACACCAAGAGCAGAAUAGUAGAUGAUCUGAUGGGCUGGUUGAAAAGCUUCAGCUUACCUUUGGAGGUCAUCAGUUCCUGUGUGGAUACGCUGGUCAGAUUUGGAAGAUCAGACAACACUCAAGACACAUUGGGGUUCCUGGAUCGUUUCUGUGGAGAGCUGGUCUCCGUGUGUGAGUCAUAUCUUUCCAGUGUCAUUCUAAAUGAGAAGGGAGCUGAGAACAUCAACGAAGACCUGCUGGUAAAAUAUCUUUAUACACUUGGUGCAGCUUCUCUCCAUUGCGCCUCUAAAGUGGGGAAAAGAAUAUUCCUUCUGGUUCAGUCCAUUCUCACUCCCUCAGAGCAACCAGUUCAUACUGAAGGAGAUGUGCUACCAGCUAGUCAGCCUCUGUCUCAGUUCAAGCCUAAUUCCAUGCCCGCAGUGGUCCGGGCACAUGCUGUUAUCACAUUAGGUAAGCUGUGUCUGCAGCAUGAGGAGCUGAUGUUGAAGUAUCUGCCUGUGUUUGCGCGGGAGCUGGAGGUGGGCACAGAGCUGGCCGUGCGCAGUAAUGUGGUGGUGGUGAUGUGCGAUCUCUGUGUGCGCUACACCAACACAGUGACCCGAUAUAUCCCCAACAUCUCGGCCUGCCUGAGAGACAAAGAGCCCAUCGUCAGAGAGCAGACCCUCAUCAUGCUGACCAACUUACUGCAGGAGGAAUAUGUGAAAUGGAAAGGUGCACUGUUUUUCCGGUUUGCUGUUGCUCUCGUAGACCCAGAUCCUUCUAUUGCAGACCUCUGUGAGUACUGCCUGGUUGACCUCCUGCUUAAGAAAAGUCCCCUCAUGUUCUCCCAGCACUUCAUUGAGUGCAUUUUCCACUUCAACUCUUAUGAAAAACACAAGAAAUAUAAUAAAUUCCCUCAAGCUGAGAGUGAGAAAAGCAGGUUUUCUCUAAGAGGUCCACAGAAUCAAGGCAAGCGUUUCAGGAUCUACAAGUUCCUAUUGAAAAAUUUUACUGAUGAGCAGCGGUUCAAUAUCACAACCAAAAUCUGCCAGGACAUCCUCGCCAGUUUUGUGGACUCUGAGCUGCCUCUGGACUCUGAGGGCUCAGAGUUGCUAGCAGACACAUUUGAUGUUCUCUCUCUGAAGGAGAUGAAGCUGACAGCCAUGAGCAGCCCAACAGCAGGAGAGGAACCUCAGGAGGAUGAGAUGGCCAUGGCUAAAGCUGUUUUACAAGUGGCCCAGAAAAAGUUGGUCUCACAGGUCCAGAAGAAGAACUUUGUGGAGAAUGUUAUUCCUAUCAUCAUCAGUCUGAAGAAUAUGCUGGAAGAGCAACACUCACCUGUUCUAAAACACCUGAUGGCCUACCUUCAGGUAACCAUGCAGGACUAUCGCUCAGAAGUGAAGGAGUUGUUUGCUGCUGAUGAGCAGCUGGCUACAGAGGUGGAAUAUAACCUGAAGCAGUUUGAAAAGGAGAAACAAGAGCAACAGCAGAUGGAGAACCAACUGGCCAGCUGCACACUGUCACCCAAACGAAAUGGUAGUGCUGUGGCUUCUCCUGCCCAGGCAGCAAAUGCUGGGCAUCAGUCAGGUUUUGCCACCCCUCUCCGUCAUAACGCUGCUAAAGGACCCGCACAAACCCCUAAAUCUGCUGAUUCUCUGAGGCGUCGGACUUUUGCUGGCAUGGUAACCCCAGUCAGGAGCCGUUCUUCUCCUACAGUGUAUUCAACAGGACGAGCAAACAAACAGGUUGGGAGAGCUAUCAGUACCCCACAGGCGAGCAUGCAUGAAGUGACAUUUGGAGAGCAAGUUAGUGCCAUCUGCAGCGAAUCUGGAAGAGGAGGUAAGGAUGUGGAGGAAGAAGAGAGUAUUCUACAUCUGAUGUCACCGGAGCAACAAAAACCAAUGCCCAGGCAAUGGAAUGUGGAAUCUCCUCUUGUACAAAAACUGAGAUCCAAGAAAAGGUUGUAGUGAAUGUUUGUGUGCUUUUAUUGUAAUGUGAUAGUAUUCAUUACAUCCUUCAGUUCAUCAUACCUUUAGAACAAAACCUUUUUGUUUCACAGUUCUUCUGAUAACUGUCUUAUAUGGAAAAAGGCAAAAUUAUUCAAUGUACUUUUGGCACUCUGUAUCUCAUACCUUAAGUCACAUUCUCCUCCAAACCUGUUUGUUAUUUUAAAGUUUUCUUGUCUGAAAGUAUCAGAAGGUAAUGUCUAGGAAAUAAGGGCUGUAUUAUAUGGGGCUAAUGCAUAACACAUUGGCACACAGUAGUGUUCUGCUGUAACACUAUGAUGUCUGAUAAUUAGUAAAUGCAUAUGUAUAAACCAAAGAAGUUUUUGAGGUUUGCUUAUGUAAAAGUUCAUAACAACAUGUUCUGUCAAUUGAAAAUAAGGAAAUGGUGAUGAAAACCUUGGUUGAAUAUGUGGUGAUGAGAAUGUAAUACAGGGUUCUGGCUACUAGAAUAGUGGAUGUACACAGACAAUGUUCAAAAAGUGUAAAAGCCACCCCAAAAUUGACCACAGGACAUGAGAGCAUGCCCAACCACUUUGCCGAAUUUGCCAAUUUUUACAAUUCUGUUGCUCAUUACUUCAUGAGCUCUGAGGUAACUAAUUAUUUUUUUAAUUUUAUUCCAGUGUUUCUCAACUUACUGUAUUAUACAUUUCUCCAAACUAUGGUCAAUGUUCUUAUAACAUUAAACAUAGCCAAUGAAGCAGACUCUUUAUUUUGUAGAACAAUUCAAUUUCACCUCAUUCAAGCACUGUAUUCUUUGCUGAUAAUGCAUUUAUUAAAAGUAUACCAA